UCCCAGUGGAGAAUCUGCAGUGUGCUGCCAGUCUGUGAACUGGAGAGACACUGAGACGACACAAACAAGUCUUCAGAACCAACUUUUAUUGCAGUAUUUUGUACAAAGACCUACUGGUGCUCUUCUUAUUUCCUCCGAGGGUCAAGUUCUUCCAAAAGAAAGUGACGAUGCUUUCCUUCUACCUCUUGACUUUUGCUGCCAGCGUCCAAGCGUAUAACCAGUUUCUGCCAGGCUCCUGCAACUUUGAAUCCAACACAUGUGGAUACACAUCAGAUGCAGAGUUUACAAGCUGGACCCUACACAAAGAUGGACGUUUUGUCGCAGUGGAUGCGGCAGCCUCAUCUGAUGACCAGAGCGAUAAGACAGCUGCGGGUGCAGACUCCGGGCAGCAGAUGCAGAUCACAGGGGUCCUUCUGAGUCCGUCUCUGGAGCAUAGUGAAUGAGCA